AUGCCGGGAGGCCGUGCCCCGGCGGGCCGACGGACCUCGCCGCGCUCCCCGUGGGCCACGAACGAGCGGUGGGCGGGGGGCGCCUCAGGCCCCGCAGAUCCCCGCCCGGCAGCGGGGGAGGGGAGCGCGGGACGCUGGGCGCUCGCUCACUCGCGUCCGGCCGCCAAGUCCCGCCGCCGCUGCUCCCGCCGUACGCUGCUCACAGGCGCCGCAUCUCCAGCCUCAUGUCGCCGCCGCCGCAGCCGCCGCCACCUCCCUGCCGAGCUGCCGGGCACCGCGCGAGCGCCGGGCCUCGCGCCUCCUCCGAAUUCCUCCUCGGGCAGCGACCGCAAACACGAUCUUAUUAUUGUUCUCGCGCGCGCUCAGCAUCCCCACCCCCCUCCUCCUCGCUUCCCUCCCUCGCACGCCGGCCGGUUAAUUCCUAGGUACACGGCCGGCUUUCGCGGAGAAACCGCGCGCGCCGCCCGGCUUGCUCCGCGGGCUGGCGGUGGGCGCGUCCUCCCGCAGCAGCGAAGCCCGUACCUGGCGGGUGGGAGCCCCUACUCCGAGGACACCCGCCGCCUGCUCUCUUUUGUUCUUAGCCCUGAGCUGCUUGGCGCAGCCCAGCCAAUCACCACCCAGCCGCCCCUAUUCCCUCCUGCCUGCGGCCCCCAGUCCUCGCCCACCUUCCGCGGAUUGCACCCCCCUUCGCUCCACUACCCUCCCCCCACUCCAGCCACUUCCACGGGUGCUCUCUGGAAAAGUCACACAACAAGGCCUCUGGCAGGUGAUUAAGUCAAGAGGGUGGAA